AUGGCUGAAGAAUCAGGAAGGAGCUUUGCUCGAAGAGACAAGCUUUUGGAGAUCGAGUCCGAGGUCCAAAAGCUGUGGUCGGAGGGUGAUGUGUUCCGUGCCGAACCGAAGGAUGCAAAACCUAAAGAAGGGGAGAAAUUCUAUGGGAACUUUCCAUUUCCUUAUAUGAAUGGAUAUCUGCACUUGGGCCACGCAUUUUCUCUUUCGAAGCUCGAGUUUGCCGCCGCCUACCACAGAUUGAGGGGAGCCAAUGUGCUUCUACCUUUCGCCUUCCACUGUACUGGAAUGCCCAUAAAGGCUUCGGCCGAUAAGCUCAAAAGGGAAAUCGAGAGAUUUGGGAAUCCUCCCGUUUUUCCAGCUGUCAAGGAGGAGGAAAUUUGCGAGCACGAAGGGAAACCCGAGGGUAGUGAGGCUGAUGGGAAUCAGGCUCAUCCUGGUGGUAAAUUCAAGGGGAAAAAAUCUAAAGUUGUUGCCAAAUCCGGUGGGAUCAAGUACCAGUGGGAGAUUAUGCAGAGUUACGGAUUGUCUGAUGAGGAGAUUGCGAAGUUCACCAAUCCUUACCAUUGGCUGACCUUUUUCCCGCCUCUGGCCGUGGAGGAUCUGAAAGCCUUCGGACUGGGCUGCGACUGGAGGCGUACAUUCAUCACGACCGAUAUGAACCCGUAUUUUGACUCUUUCGUCAGGUGGCAAGUUAGAAAAUUGAAAAACAUGGGCAAGAUCGUGAAGGAUUUGAGGUAUACCAUUUACUCUCCUCUGGACGGGCAGCCGUGCGCGGACCACGACCGUGCCUCGGGUGAGGGUGUCAUCCCGCAGGAGUAUACCCUCAUAAAAAUGGAGGUAAUCUCGCCUUUCCCACCAAAGAUGAGUGCUUUGGAAGGGAAAAAGGUGUACCUUGCUGCUGCUACUUUAAGACCCGAGACAAUGUACGGGCAGACCAAUUGUUGGGUUUUGCCAGAUGGAAAAUACGGGGCUUUUGAGAUAAACGACACUGAAGUUUUCAUCUUGACGAGACGGGCAGCUCUGAAUUUGGCCUAUCAGAAGCUCUCGCGCGUGCCCGAGAAACCCACCUGUCUGGUAGAGUUGACUGGUCAAGAUCUCAUCAGUUUGCCUCUGAAAGCCCCAUUGGCCUACAAUGAUGUUAUUUACACCCUUCCCAUGUUGUCCGUUCUCACAGACAAGGGCACCGGUAUUGUUACUAGCGUCCCGAGCGACUCUCCCGAUGAUUACAUGGCUCUUCAUGAUUUGAAAGCAAAGCCAGCAUUCAGAGCCAAAUACGGGGUGAAAGACGAGUGGAUCCUUCCGUUUGAGAUCAUACCAAUCAUCCACCAUCCCGAUUUCGGGGACAAGUCGGCAGAGAGAGUAUGCAUUGAGAAGAAGAUCAAGAGCCAGAACGAGAGGGAGAAGCUCGACGAGGCCAAGAAGAUAAUCUACAAGGGAGGUUUCUACGAGGGUACGAUGCUUGUGGGUGAGUUUACUGGGAUGAAAGUUCAGGAGGCCAAGGGUUUGAUCCGGAGCAAGCUCUUGGAGCUGGAGCAAGCUGUGGUCUACAGCGAGCCAGAGAAGAAAGUCGUGUCGAGAUCCGGUGACGAAUGUGUCGUGGCCUUGACAGACCAGUGGUACAUCACUUAUGGAGAACAAGAAUGGAAAAAAGCGGCCGUGGAGUGUUUGGCCGGGAUGAAUCUCUACUCGGACGAGACCCGUCACGGAUUCGAACACACCUUGAGCUGGCUUAACCAGUGGGCUUGUUCUAGAAGCUUCGGGCUUGGGACCCGUAUUCCGUGGGACGAGGAGUUUCUGGUCGAGUCCUUGUCCGAUUCGACUCUCUACAUGGCAUAUUACACUGUAGCUCAUAUGCUUCAGAGAGGGGACAUGUAUGGGGCCGACCUGUCUUCAGUAAAACCCGAGCAGCUAACGGACGAGGUCUGGGAUUUCUUAUUUGUUGACGGCCCGUAUCCCAAAUCCUCUGAUUUGCCCGUGACCCUUCUCAAUAAGAUGAAGCAAGAGUUUGAAUAUUGGUACCCGUUUGAUUUAAGGGUAUCUGGAAAGGACCUCAUUCAGAACCACCUCACGUUCUGUAUAUACAAUCACACGGCCAUCAUGCCCAAGCAUCACUGGCCGAAAGGAUUUAGGUGCAACGGCCACAUCAUGCUCAAUUCCGAGAAAAUGUCGAAAUCGACCGGGAAUUUCAGGACCCUCCGCCAGGCAAUCGAGGAGUUCUCUGCUGAUGCCACUCGGUUUUCGCUUGCUGAUGCUGGUGACGGCAUGGAUGAUGCCAAUUUCGUAUUCGAGACGGCAAAUGCCGCCAUUUUACGCCUCACGAAAGAGAUUUCGUGGAUGGAGGAAGUCAUUGCCGCCGAGUCGUCUCUAAGGAAUACGCCUCCCACAACGUACGCGGAUCGUGUGUUCGCUAACGAGAUGAAUAUAGCUGUGAAAUCGACCGAAAAGAAUUUUAGCGAUUAUAUGUUCAGGGAAGCUUUGAAGAGCGGUUUUUACGAUCUCCAGGCGGCGAGGGACGAGUACAGACUGUCGUGUGGGGCCGGGGGUAUGAACAGAGACUUGCUGUGGAGGUUCAUGGACAUCCAAACGAGGGUUAUUGCUCCUAUCUGCCCUCAUUACGCUGAAUAUGUGUGGAAGGAGCUGUUGAAGAAAGGUGGCUAUGUGGUGAAAGCCGGCUGGCCUGAGGCUGAUUCGCCGGAUAUGACUCUAAAAAAGGCAAAUAAAUAUCUGCAGGAUACUAUUGUCUCUAUGAGGAAGCUUUUGCAGAAGCAGGCCACGGGCUCGAAAAAAGGUGGGAAAACGGGUCCCACUAAUGUUGCCUUUAAGCCCACAACUGGAUUGAUAUUCGUGAACGAGCAGUAUGAUGGGUGGAAAAAAGAAUGUCUGAACAUUCUCAAGAGGAAAUUCGAUUCUGCCACGUGUACUUUUGCGCCCGACCAGGAAAUACUUUCCGAACUGGCAAAGAGUGAUGUCGGGCAAUCGGGCAAUUUCAAGCAGAUACAAAAGCUGUGCAUGCCGUUUUUGAGGUUCAAGAAAGACGAGGUUAAGGCUGUUGGGGUUCAGGCGCUCGAUCUGAAGCUGCCAUUUGGCGAGAUAGAAGAAAAGGACGUGCGCAUGGAAGUAAUCAAAUGCUUGGAAAAAAAAUGA